AUGGAGUCAGAGGCCUAUUUACAGGCGAGCAGGGCUCCGCUUUUACAGGGUGUGAUGUGGACAAUGGCUAUAGUGCCUUUGGUGUUUGUGCUGAUGCGAUUGUACGUUCGAGUUAUCUUGAAACGAGUUUUCGGUUGGGAUGACUUUAUUAUCAUCGUUGCAACGGCCUGCUUGGUUGCUUAUGCUGCCGUUUGUCAUGUUGCCUCCACGAUAGGCCUUGGAAGACAUCUUACUUUUGUUGAGGAAAACCCGAACCACGUCAUCGAUGUAGCUCUGCUAUGUGAUAUCGGUGAAGCCUUGGCCAUUAUGGCAUGUACGUUGGGUAAAACUUCGUUUGCGGUCACUCUCCUCCGCAUUGUCGUUCAUAAGUGGAUGAUCAUCGUGCUCUGGUUUGUGAUUGUGACGAUGAACUUGGUCAACGUUCUAGCAGCCUUGUUCAUCUUUGUACAAUGCAAGGAUCCAAGACAUCUCUGGAAUGCUUCUAUUCCAUCAGAGUGUUGGCCUGCCGAUGUUUUCACGCACUUUUCUCUGUUUGUGGGUGCAUACUCUGGUGCGCAAGACUUCGUGCUGGCCCUACUCCCUUGGACACUUGUUUGGAAUCUACAAAUGAAAAAGAAGGAGAAAAUUGGUAUUGCCUUUGCCAUGAGUCUAGGUGUAUUCGCUGGUGCGGCCUCAAUCGUCAAAACAACUUACUUGGUGGCGUUGUCUGAGAAGUCAGACUUUACUUGGGAACUUGCUCCACUGCUUUACUGGGCGGCUGUCGAAGAUGGAUUGGCCAUUACUGCGGCUGCGAUUUCUACUCUCAAGCCAUUACUUGCCAGAGUCUUCCCCGGAUCAUCAAUCAGCAACAACUACAACAUGAUUUCUUAUCCUUACGCGCCAAAUCGAAAAGUCUUCGAUAAUUCGCAAGGCGAGACGCGCACCGACAUCGGCCAUACGAGUAUUCACGAGAGAGGGAGUCAGACUGCAAUUUUGGAGCCGCUGUCUCCAAAGCGGGAUGAAAGUAUCAACAUGACUACAGAAGUGUCUGUCACUUACAAUCGGCCGUCUUAA